AUGGAUAUUGCACCAGACCCAGUGGCUAUCCCCGAACCGGCCGGAGCCGUGGCGCUGCCAGGGAUUGACGCGGUUGAGCCAGAUGAACCUCGAGAAGCAGCCGCAGAGCCAGAGGCGCCAGCGGAAGGCACCAUCAUCGAUUGUACUUGCUGGCCUCAUCCGAAAUCAGGUCUUGUGCCGCCUCAGCCUCUCGAUCAGGUCCUCCCGGAGGUGUGGAAGCCUCUUGGGAAGACCUGCGAUAUGCUCAACCAGGUCGUCCAACUCAUCCGAGCCCACCGGUCCCGCCAAUCAGGGGAUGCCUCGACCACCGCCGUCGCGAUCAAGGCGGUCGCCACAACCGUGCCUACUAUACUCGCAGUCGCUAUGAUCACCGUUCACAACGCGCCCGGAUAUCUCCUCCCCAAGCCGCAGUGCAAGCACACCUUUGAGCAGCACUUGAAGUGCCUCGCGCAUCGCGAUGAAACCCUGCGCACCUACGAGGAAACGCUCGAACACGCGAUGGUCGAAGCGCAGCCCCUGGCCGAAGCGAACGCGAAGUUCCUCAAACAAGAAGCAGAUCACAUCAGGCGGAAAGCCGUGCAUAUGACUGUUCGCGCGGCGGCGAUCGCGUCGUUACCGUUCGCACCCGUCCUCUCAGCAACGCUUACCGCUAUCGACGUCCUGGGUCUCUCGAUUUACAUCGGUGUGCAGGAGGUCAUCUCCUCGGUCGACGAGCUCCGACCUGUGUUCGCGAGCAUCAACGAACUGCAGAACACGCUUCACGAGAAGGUCGCCGAGGCACAGGGCUUCCGGCGCGAGCUCGUGGCCAUACGUGAAAGAGUGGAGUGGCAGCGGACCGAUCCCUCUACGUCCCGCCUGAGCGAUAUCCAGCGCGAACUUCAGAACGUGAUCGACGUCGCCCAAGAGACGCUUGGAGACGGAUCGGCUACGUCGAAGCGGUCCCUUCGCGAGGUGGCGGACGCCAUGCGGGAGUUCAUGAUCCUGUUGGGAGACCCGCCUGAGGGUGUGACUUCGCUCGUGGAUGUGGAGGAUUCCGAGUGGAUUCGGUUGGAUGAGACGAUGGCGGAAUUGGGAGCAACGUCACCCAGGCAACCAUCCUAA